UUUCAAAGAGAGCGGGUGUGUUUCGCGGUCGCCGAAUUAACUACUUUUUGUGGAAUUGGAGCUGCUUUUUGAAUUGCGAAAUUUCGCUUUAAAACAUAUUAAUUGAGAUGAUAAAGGGCAAAACACAACCAAGACGAACUGGAGGCAGAAUGAUGAUCACCUUCACAUUUAUAUUGACAUUGAUGCAGCUGCUGUUGAUCAAUCCCACAGAGGCAGCUGUCCAUCCCGUGCUCACCUAUAAGAAUGCCUCCACACAACUGGGACAAAUGGUCACAUCGAGCACUCUGGUCUGGGAAAGUUAUGAUGCCAAAGAUGCCAAGCAAUUGCAAUUUGCAGUAGAAGGUGGAAAAUAUAUUACUGAAGACGAACACUAUGCCAUCUAUGUGUGCCGUGUGCCCAUCGAUGGGGUCCACACGUCGGGUCACACUGAGAAAGUUCUGCAGAAGCAUGUGUGUGUGGCAUCCCACUAUAAGCAUGGCAAAUACGAAGCAUUCGAUGUAUUGAUGAAUAAGGGACAUUUGGGUAAAAUUGGCUGGAAACAUUGGCGUAAAUUUGACGCUGGUGUUCCAGUGGGAGCCAUACGUAUUGGAGAUGACUCGUUCAUUGGUCGUCAUCGGGCAUCACGUCAGCACAAUGCCGAAGGAGGCGAAACACAUUGGGGAGCUGACUUUAAUCUGGGACGCUUGGAACCUGUGGGUUUGGGCAAAAUCAAGGUGAUUGAGAAUGAGCGAGAGAAGUACUAUGAUGAUGGAGAAGUUCUAAUUGAAACGGAACCAUUCCGCUAUGAAUUGAGAGACAUUAAGUUGGAUCGUAUACGCACUGAUAUAAGAGAGAAUUUGACAGAAUUGACCACCGCCAAGCUGGAGAAUCUGGGCGAUAAGUAUAGUACAGUGGAGACAGUGAUGAGCUAUAGUUUUGAUUAUCUACAGUAUUGGGGUUCGCAUGAGGGCGUGGCACGUGGUUUGCCUACAAAAAUCUAUGAAAAAGAUGUCUCACAGCCGGCAGAUAUCAAUUGGGCCUUGAAGCAUGGCCAAAAACGUUUUGAAAACAAAGCGGUUCAUACUAAAUUAUGGCCAGGAACGGCUAUCAAUGUUACACUGCGAGGAAACUAUGUCACACUAGAGGCACCCUAUACAGCGAAAUUGUUUGCCUUCUACUAUGGCAGUGAUGAGAGUGUCUCACGUAAGAUUAGUGCUGAGGUGCGCAAGAGUUAUUUAAAGGAUGUCAAAUUGGAAUUUAGUGCCGUCUAUUGGAUAGAAAAUGGUACAGUAGUGCCAACAACAACAACAACAACCACAUCGACUACAUCGACCACAACACAUGCCACAACCACCAGCACCAAGGAGCCAACACCCAUCAAUGAGCCACCUUUGGUACACAUUGAGCAUAUGGGUGAGAAGCAUUCAGGACCCGAUACACUAGAGAAGACCCUGCACGAUUCCCCGUCGUCGAGCAAUGAGGUUAACUCACAUCAUGAGGCACCAGAGAAUAUGUCAAAUCCGAGCAAAGAUUUGGCAGUUGCAGGUUUUGGUGGUGGUCCAAAUAGUGGAGCCGAAAUGUUGGGCAGAACACUGAUGACAGUAGUUUUAACUGGUUUGAUGGCAAGCAUAUUAAAUCUGUAGAUCGAAAGCAGGAUAUAUAGAAGAUAUAUUUGUGUCCCGAGUAUAGUGUAACGUUUAAUUGUUGUUGUUGUACCUGUUGUACCCGUCUUUGAGAGCGAAAAGCAGAACAGAAGAACCGAAGAACCAGAGAAGAAACACAAAAACACACACACACCCACACCCACACACACCAGAUAAAUUAGAUCGAAUAGAAGAAGAUAUACAUAUAUAAAACAGGGCAGCUUUCUGUGUGUGCGAGACGAAAAAUGAUAAAACGAAAAAUGGAAAUAUUUUUUAUACUUUAAAAACAAAGGCUUCUAUAAUUCUAAAUCUUAUGCAACUACUUCAUCCCACAUUCAUAUUACUGUUUACAAAUUGAUAAGAACUAAUUAGAUAAAACUAAAGAAAAAAUAAUGUAUAAAUAACUCCAAAAAUUAAACUCAGUACAUUCCU